AUGCAGUUUGCUGAAUGGUGUUUAAAUCCCAAGCUUAAUCCAAGAAAAGGGGUGGAGUGGUCUUGUCCGUCCGAUGAUGUUCUAAAAUUCAAUGGGGAUGGAUCAGCCAGGGGAAAACUAGAGCAUGCCGGAUGUGUGAAGAAGUUAGGGUUUUUUCGGGUUCCUUGGCAUGCUCCAUGUGGGGGUGUCUGCUAUGGAAAUGGAAAUCUGGUUUCCAUCGCUAAUGAUUGGCACAUUGCCUUGUUGCCAGUGUACUUGAAGGCUUAUUAUCGGCACAAUGGUUUUAUGUACUUCACUAGAUCCAUUAUUGUUAUCCAUAAUAUUGCUCACCAGGGUCGGGGGCCUGUGGAGGAUUUCUACUAUGUGGAUCUACCAGAACAUUUCAUGGAUCUUUUCAAGUUAUAUGACCCCAUUGGAGGUUGGCGUAAAGCCUGUUUUGAAGUAAUUGCAGCGCCUGAGAUUGUUCCUGAAGAUGUUAAAGGUGCUGUAUCAGUCAAAUUGCACCAUCUUCUGUAA